CCACGAGAUCGCUAACUCAAUUUGGCAACAGUGACGAUCGUCCAAGGUGCGUCGCUGGUCGUGGCCACACUGUAAUAACUCGAAGGGAGAAAGCAUGACAGAAAACGUGAAGAUUGAACGGGUAACUCUUCCAGUCGAGUUGGGCGAGGGUCCUCACUGGUCUGGGGCCGAGGGAGCUCUGUACUACGUCGAUAUUUUCAACCAGAAUGUCCAUCGUUAUCGUCCAGCUUCGAAUACACACUCGAAGAUGCAUAUUGAGGGCGGGCCCGUGACGCUGGUGGUGCCGCUCAUGGGUCGCCGGAACAAAUUCGUGGUGAGCUUGGGUCGUGACCUCGCCGUCGUGACCUGGGACGACCCCUCGAAGGAUUGCGUCGUCACCAAGUACACGACCAUAGCCUCCGUCGACCAGAAGAGGGCAGGGAACCGCUUCAACGACGGGAAGUGUGACGACCUCGGCAGACUGUGGGCAGGAACAAUGGGCAACACCGACGUUCCCGAAAACCCGCGGCCGGACCUCGGAAGCCUCUUCCUCCUCGGCCACGAUUCCUCGGUUGCUCUGAUGCAGGAGAAGGUGUCAAUCAGUAAUGGUUUAGCGUGGAGUGCCGAUCACAAAACGUUCUACUUUAUUGAUACAGCAGCUUAUAAAGUGGAAGCCUUUGAUUGUGAUUUCGAAAACGCCAAAAUAAGUAACAGGCGCACCUUAUAUGACUACCGAGAGCAGGGUCUUUAUCCCCACUUCCCUGACGGCAUGACCAUUGACACCGAUGGUCUCUUGUGGGUCGCCUCCUUCGGUACAGGAAAGAUCCACUGCAUCAACCCCAACACGUGCAGAGUAGAGCGAGAGGUCCAACUCCCCACCCACAACCCCACCUCGGUUUGUUGGGGGGGCCCGGACCUCGAUCAGCUGUUUGUUACCACCACGACCAAGAACAUCACUCAGGAACAGCUGAUUGGACAGCCCGAUGCUGGGGCCGUUUUCAGAAUCACGGGACUGGGAGCGCGAGGACGGCCAGCGAGAGACUGCGAGGUGAUGAUCUAACGUGUUCACAUCGUUCAACUAUUAAGAAGAAAAUGAAGAAGAAGAAGAGGAGGAAAGAAGGAGAAGCAAUUGAAGAAAAAAAAGAGGACGAAGACGAUGAAGAAGAAGAAGAGAGAAGAAGGAGAAGCAGUAAAAGAAGGUUUAGCAGAAGAAAGAGGGAUGAAGAAAAAGAAGAUGCUGAUAAGAAGGAAGAGGAUUAUGGAAAGAAAGAAAAAAAACAACAACAUAUCGACGAAUUUAUAAAGUUAUCGGUGUCGAUAAACAAACUAAUAAACAACCGCUCGUUC